UUACAGCUUCAAAGUCAGCUAGUUAAAAAAUAGUUGAAGCCUGAGACGGAGCCGAAUUAAGUUGGAAAACGGCCUAUGUGAGAAAGAGAGUGGAGGAUCGUGCCGUUUUAAAGCGAAAAUUUUGUAGAAUGUUUUUGUUUUAGCGAGUUAUUUGUACACCUGCAAAGUGGACAAGAUGCCGGCUCACUACGAGUGUAAGAUUGGACCUUCCAUUCUGAACUCCGACCUCUCCUCACUGGCUGAUGAGUGCCAACGUGUGCUUGACAGCGGGGCAGAUUACUUGCAUUUGGACGUCAUGGACGGGAAUUUUGUGCCUAACAUCACAUUUGGUCACCCAAUGGUGCAGUGUCUCAGACAGAAAGUGAAGACAGCUUUCUUUGAUAUGCACAUGAUGGUGGCAAAUCCAGAGAAGUGGAUUCAACCAAUGGCAGAGGCAGGCGCCAACCAGUACACAUUCCAUAUCGAGGCAACAGACAGACCCAAAGAUGUCAUCAGACUCAUCAAAGAAGCAGGCAUGAAGGCAGGAAUUGGUAUCAAGCCAGCAACCCCCGUGGAAGUGGUCUUCCCUUAUGUGGAAGAUGCAGACAUGAUACUGGUGAUGACGGUGGAGCCAGGAUUCGGAGGGCAAAAGUUCAUGGAAGACAUGAUGUCCAAGGUGGAGCAGCUAAGAAACAGGUACCAGUCACUGGACAUAGAAGUGGAUGGUGGAGUGGGCCCAGCGACCAUUGAUGCAGUCGCAAAGGCAGGGGCCAACAUGAUCGUAUCAGGGAGCGCCAUCAUGAAGAGCGACAACCAACGACAAGUCAUACACACUCUGCGCAGUGCCGUCAAUGAACGCAUCGAGCAAGCCAAUUUACACAGAUAGUUCCACGUUACCAGGGUUUAUUUGGAAGCUAAUGCAAACAUUUGUGACGGGAUUUCAGGUGAUAGCAAACUUGCCGUGCAUUAUUAUAAGAGCACAAGGGAAGCCUUGGUUUUUUUUUAAGAAAUGGCUCAGGGUGGGCAAAUAUUCACUGAUAUUUGGAAAUUAGAUGGGCUCUUUGAAACUGUAGACUGAAAUUCAUUUUCGAUAUUAAAUUUAAUAUUUUUUACAUUAGUAUAAACAAGUAUUGCUCACUUUUAAUAUAUUGUUAAUUUACAAAUCAAGCAAAGAAAGGCACAAAACAAAGGAUACAUUUUCUCGUCUGUUAUUAUUUCUUUGAUUUAUAAAAAAAAAUAAAAAUUCAGCUUACAACAGAAAGUUGUCUCCAGGACGUAAAAUUUCGUUAAAAUUCACUCUUCGGAAGAAUGUCUCAAACCUGAUAAAAUGCAUACCAAUUUAUCUUGCAAUUAUACUGCCAACAAUUCUGAAAAGGAAAUUCCAGACUAUGAAAUGUUUUAUGGAACAGACUUCAAAGCCAAUCUUCCAUUAUUUCUUCACCAUGUGGUAGCCUUGUUUUCAUAAACAAAUAAACAUAAACAGAUAUUAUUACACAUUUGGUACCACUUCUCAAUAACAAAGAUUUUCUGGAGUUACA